AAAUUGUAGACAUAACUUGUUUUCAUUGUUUCAUAACAGUAUCGCGGCUGCCUCGAUGUUGUGGUGAUCGAUCGGCCUCUGCUGGUUCGUUGUGUCGUUGAUCUUUAUUUCCACUGAAUCGCACGGGUUCGUGCCCGGUAUUAAACGGUUCCGUCCCCCGGUUUUCGCAGUGUUUGUUGUUUUCGGUCGAAACAGGAGAUCGAAUCUCGGUGCUGAUGUUGCUGGAGUUUCGUUGUUUCUCACACCUGUCGAUUUGUGUUCGGAGGUUUCAGUUUAAACGGAUGUAAACGAUAAACAGCAAUCGCCAUGUUCUCGCUACUGACCUUCCUCCCGUCCGUGACAACGGUGAUCCUGACCAUCUCCAGCCUAUCCCUGUACGUCAUAUACUUCCUGAAAAAGCGUUACACCCACUGGGAGCGCCGCGGCGUGCCGCACGUGCGGCCCAUCGCCCUGUUCUUCGGCAACACCAAAGACCUGGCCCUCCAGCGCGUCCCUAACGCCUUCGUCUUCCAGCGGAUCUACAACGAGCUCGAGGGCCACGACUUCGGCGGGUUCUAUCAGAUGUUCAAGCCGGCCAUCAUGCUCCGGGACCCGGAUCUCAUCAGGACGGUCCUUAUCAAGAACUUCUCGCAGUUCCACGAUCGGUUUAGCAUCAUAGAUGAGAAGCUGGAUCCGCUGUCUAAUCAUCUGCUGAACCUAGCUGGACAGAGGUGGAAGAACGUGCGGUACAAGCUGACGCCAACUUUCAGCUCGGGUAAGCUAAAGUCGAUGCAAGACUUGAUGCAGGGUUGCAUCCACGAGUUGGCUGACUAUCUCAGCAGAUGUGUCUCGGAUGUGCAGAAUUUGAGGGAGCUCAUGGCUAAGUUCACCACUGACGUCAUCGGUUCCUGCGCCUUCGGGCUUAAUUGCAACUCGAUCCGAGACGAGAGCUCGGAGUUUCGGCGCAUCGGUCGUCUCAUCUUCAAGCCUUCCAAACGAAUCCGAAUCAGGAAUAUGCUUAGAUCCCUCGGCCCGAAACUCAUCACACUUCUCAGACUCAAGUCUGUUCAUCCGGAGGUGGAGGAUUUCUUCAUGUCAGUCCUCAAGGAAGCUGUUAAGUACAGAGAAUCGAGUGCACUCAAGAGGAAUGACUUCUUGCAGCUCUUAAUAAACAUUCAAGCUGAGGAGAAAAAACAGAUGGAAAGUAACGGAUGCCAUCAGAGCGUAACUUCGAAUGGGGUCUCCAAUGGCAUUCAGAACGGAAACGCCCGUACUACAACAGAUAAUCCCAAAGAUAUCCUGUUCACAGACUCUGUUGUCGCUUCGAAUGCGUUUGUCUUUUUCGUUGCCGGAUUUGAAACGAUCGCUAUGACGCUCAGUUAUUGUCUUUAUGAGCUGGCACUGAAUCCAGAAAUCUGCGAGAAACUGAAAGAUGAAGUAGAUUCCGUGAAAGAAGCUCACGAUGGUAAUUUGGACUUCGAUUCCAUGAAAGAACUCGAAUACAUGGACGCCGUCUUGGCAGAAACUCUCAGGAAAUACCCACCUGCGUCGAUAUUAAUAAGAAGGUGCAAUGAAGCGUUUUGUGUGCCUGGUACAUCAGUCGUCAUAGAAGAAGGCACUGGAGUUUACGUUCCUGUUUAUGGCCUUCACCAUGAUCCGCAGUUCUUUCCGGAGCCAGAGAGGUUCAUCCCAGAACGGUUCAGCCAAGAAAACAAGCAUACCAUUGUUCCUGGAUCUUAUCUACCAUAUGGCGAUGGGCCCAGGAUAUGCAUCGGUAUGCGAUUUGCACAAUACGAAAUGAAAUCGGUUCUGUCCUAUUUAGUAAGUAAUUUUACAUUCCACCCGUGCGAGAAAACAGUCGUACCAUUGAAUUAUGAUCCUCGAUCUGGGCUUCUCACUCCACUCGACGGGGUCUGGGUUCGGUUACAAAGGCGGUCCAACCCGUAACAAUCAUGAAUAUCAAACGUUUUGUUGACGUUAUCCUAAGUUCCUUCUUUUUUAUACUUUUAGUACUUAUUUAAUACAAUUGUAUAUAGAGUAACUGUAAUAUAUAGACCUUAAGGUUCCCGAUUUCUAAUCUCACACUGUUGAAAAUAAUGAUAAUUUAUUUCACAAGGGCUUGAAGGACACGGCGCAUAAGUGUAGUUUUCGAAAAAAAUGAGAUAUUAAUGAUUUUAAGUAAAACAAGUCUGAAUCCAUAUUCUGCGAAAAAAUUGUUCUCAAAUUCCAAAUUUUCAAGCAUCGAAUAGUACCAGUUUGAACUUUCUUUCCGCUAUAAGGCCCCAUGUAAUUACGAAACCUUAAACACGUGUUUCUCGGAAUAACAAAAACUGCACUUAGGCGCCUAUGCCUUCAAGCCCCUCAUUUCAGAUAUCUGAAAACUUACAUAUUUUACGGAUUUUUUUUUUUUUUUUUUAUGGCGGUAUUUUUCACAAUUUUCUUUUGCUGAAGCAGUGGCAGUGAACCUAUUGCAAAUAUUAGCUGGACCAAAGAGAAGAGUUAUUUCCUUUGGAAACGGUUCAAAAGUCACGACGAGCGUAUCAGAAAAGUAUGUAAUACACUCCCAACUUUGCAAGUGACGUAAAAGAAGGCUCAAAUUUGUGCGCUGAUAACAUUCCAGGAAGGACGAAUGACGUCAAAUAGAGCCUGGAUCUCAGUUUCCACUACGCUGAUGACACCCAGUGGCUAUUUUGAAAGUUGGCAUCACUGGUAGGUUGAUGGGGCAGCUUGCCUCACCUGAAUUCGAUAUUUUCAAAUGAUUUAUAUUAAGGAAAAACAACGCUGCCAACUUCGAAGAAUCGAUACUAAUAACACCACUUCUACCUUUAAAAGAACUAAACUGGAGCUGUUUGUAAAUGAAUCGACCCAUCUCAAAAAUGCUCAGUUUGCUUUUCCGCCUUGGAUAGUAGGACUUCUCUUAAAUUUUAUACAAUCCGAUUUUAAUUUGGUAGCAUUUUAUUCGAUAAUUUUUAAGUCCAAAGAUUUAGAGAAUAUAAAUUAAAACAGUUUUUACGGUACUCGUUCUCGUAUUUUCAUUUGCAGCGAUUGAGAUUUUUUAAGAAUGACCGAUUAGAAUGAGGGUUGACCCUUUUCCUACGAGCUCAUUCCAUUUUAAUUCUAAUAAUUGUAGUUCAAGAUUCAUGAAAUUUUUUUAGUUUUACUGCAUAUUAUAUAUUCCUCGAAACCAAUGUGGUUAGAAAAUAAAACUUUAAAAAUUCCUCGAAAGUUUAAAAGGAGUCCAUAACAUCUCCGUUGAUUUUUGGUCUGUUAUGUUUUUCUUUAUCUCAACUGUGUUUUGAAACUUGUGCAUUACUAACACCAGCAUAAGUUCUUUUAUCGUACUUUUGAAACACCGCUAUUGCGGGAGACAAUGAUAUAUAAUGUAAACCACCGAUGAAUUGUGCAAUAUAGUGGUACUAUUUCCUCUUCUACUUUGAAUUCGAUAAGAAAAUGAAAUAAUAAAGGUUUGAAUUCUGAAUUAACAGUAUAAAUGUUGACCUUAAUGAAAAUUCUCAAAGAAUAAAAUCCACAGUAAAAAUCAAUAAUAAUCUCAAGAAUAAGAUCGAAAAUUAAGUCUAUGCGUUCUGAAUAUUUUGUCAUCAUUCUUUUUUAUCCUAAAUAUACAUGUAUUUGAUAUAAAGUUGUACUUAGGCAUAUUUCACACAGGUAAGACUGUAGAAAAACACUAUCUUGAUUCCUGUGUUUUAAAUUUCUUACUCAUAUUUCAUGUUUUUGGAACUAUGUUACCUGAUGAUCUUGUAUAAAAUUUUAAAUAAAUAUUUGUAAAGAAAGCGACGAAGAUCGAUUGAGUCUUGUGAAACAAUAA